CACCCACUUUCUCUUCCCGGUAAGUCUCCCCCGCGUCGCCUCCCAGUGAAGCGCCGCCGCACAGAGACCGGCCAGCCAGCGCACGGUUUCAUUGACACAUUGCGUGCCCCCUCGCCCCGUUCAUGUCAGAGUCUCUCCGCGUUCGGACUCGCUAACACCGAUAUAGCAGACUCCCGGAUGCUUAUGACCCGCAGGAUAUGAGGGUCUAAGCCGCGUACUCCCACUGCGCUCCCACCUCCUAUGGACAUUCCGAGCAUCACCUCAGAGACCAUGGCCUCGCUCGUGCGACUCAUAGACACCCUCGCAAGGGUAAACGACGAUGUUUCAGCUUUAAGCUUGCCUACGCUCACACAGCUCGACUCCUUGCGAGGCCUUUUGCGUCGCGCAGAGAAGGAGGUCGGCGCGUCGAAGAACGCCUACCUCCCAGUAGUCUGCCUGCCCCCCGAGAUCCUCCAGUACAUCUUCCGCCUCGCCUCCAUCCAGGACAAGGAUGCCGCCCACCCGCAUGCCGGCAACGCGACCGCGACGGGCGACAUCUGGAGCGUCGUAGAACCUGUCCCCGCGAAGGUGGCCACCAUCGUCAAAGUGUGCCGUCGCUGGCGUUCUGUCGCCUUCGCAGACUUGGCCCUCUGGAGCCUGAUCACUGACCGGCGAGACCGCCGCCCGCUCGCGGUCUCACGCCAGUCCAGCAGCACGCCCCUGGAGCUCCGGCUCCUCGCCUCGCCCUCGCCCGCGCUUCGCGGUCUCCUCCAGUCCGACGGUCACCGCGUCAAGUCGAUCGAGUGGGACAAGGCCAACGCGCGCACAAGCGACCUCGACAUCCUCGCGUCGCCCGCGUGUCAAUGUCGCCUCGAGAAGCUGGUGCUCGGCAUGAACCGCCACCUGCCCGCGCUCGACACGGACUGCCUCACGGCGCGCUUCGCGACGCAGGCGCAGUCCUUGCGGCAGCUCACCCUCCGCGACUGCAGCGUCCUGCCCGAGAACGAGUUCCCCGCGCUGACAAGCCUCCACCUCGACGGCUGCCCCGGGCCGGACGCGUGCCACGGCGUCAUGGGCAUGCUCGCGCGCGCGCCCCGCCUCACCGACCUCGUCCUCAGCCGCCUCCGCAUGUCCGGCGCGCCCCCGCGCGUCGCGCUGCCGUGCCUCCGCAGGCUCGUCUGCGCCGACAUGGCGAGUGCCGACGUCGCGCGCUUCCUCGCGCACGUGGACCUGCCCGACGACGCCUCCAUCCGGCUGCACGCGAGCCCCGCCGCGGCGCCCGACGGCACCGCCGCGCUCUUCGCCGCGCUCGCGCGCACGCCCGCGCUGCGCGACGCGACGGAGAUGCUCGUCUCCGGCGCGCGCGACAUCCUCGUCGCGGGCCCGCGCGCAGCCGUGUGCUUCGUGCAGCCGCCCCGCGGCGCGCGGCGCACGGCCCCCGCGUGGGACGCGCACGCCGUCCUGCGGCACGUCCUCGCCGCGACGCACGUGCGCACGCUAUGGCUCCUCGGCGAGGGCGUCGGCGGCACGGGCGUCCCCGCGCUCCCCGCGUCGCUCGACACCGUCGUCGUGCACGACGUCGGGCUCGCCGUCGCCCUCGGCGCGCUCGCGCGGGGCGCGCCGCCCGCGCGCCCGCGCACCGUGCACGUCCUGAUGACGCGCUUCAUGGCCGCGGGCGUCGUCCUGUCCAAGCUCGCGCAGCACGCGGAUGUCGCGCACGUCGUCGUGGGGUACCUGCCCUCGUACAAGGGGGAUAGGGCGCGCCCGGCCGGGUUCGACGGCAGGUUUGCGUCGCUGCGGUUCGAGGCGCUUGCGGCGGAGCCGAGGGUGGCCCUCCCGGAGGUGUGCUCCGCGCGCGCGCACUGUCUGUGGCCCGUGUGGGUCGAGUGAUCGGGCUCGCCGAGGCGGUGCGCGAUUAUAAGCGUGGUGAGGCGGUGUUGGACUUUAUAGAGUCUGUGGUAUGUGGUAUGGACGCUUUUUCUUUCCCUUCCCCUCCCUUCCGGCAAUGAUUCGAUGCUCGCAUCGGCAGUUACGUCCUUACGCUAUGCUUUCCCGCUCGUUGUUGUGGUACAGUACGUUUUCCGGGUUUUCGCUCGCUUGUAAGUUGUCGGCGCCCCUUAGUUGGUAUGCAUAUCCGUACAUAGAGAUCGACCAGUGUUCCUAGGCCCCCCCCCUCGUAUCGUUCGUUGCUUAAUUCUGUAGAUGUCGCUCGUUGCACAUGGGUUCAGAACCGUUAUUCUGGCUUUUCCUUAUGGGAUUGGGUGUGGGCGUGUCGCCCCCC